GAGUCGAAGUCCCGGAGGCGAAGAGAAAACAGCUGAUCUUUUGCUCCAGAGAAAUUUUCCUUCAAAUCUCAAAAAAUGGCAAGCGGCCUCAGCUCCCGGGUGAUCAGCCGAAACAUCACAAGGACCGUCCGCGGCCCAUGGAACUUCGUGGCCGGAAAGCGUUGUCUGCCGGUUGAUAGCCCUGGAUCGGUGAAGGUGAUUGAACCUGCCUCCGGAGAGCUCCUUUGUGGUGUACCCAUCUCGGGAACAGAAGAGGUCAACCGAGCUGUUGGAGUUGCUAAAGGCGUGUUUGCAACAUGGAGUAAACUUUCAGGGAGAGAAAGAGGAGAAAAGUUGUUACGAGCAGGACAGAUCAUCAGGGAAAACCUGGAGGAUAUAUCCAGGUUGGAGGUGCGAGACACUGGGAAACCCAUUUGGGAAGCACGUCUGGAUAUUACAUCGUGCGCCGAUGCUCUGGAGUACUAUGGGGGUCUUGCUCCCUGUAUUGUUGGUCAGCAUGUCCCUUUACCCGGAGGAUCCUUCGCCAUGGUACAAAAGGAGCCGCUUGGAGUGAUCGGAGGUGUGGGUGCUUGGAACUUCCCCAUGCAGACCUGCAUUUGGAAGGUUGCUCCAGCUCUGGCCUGUGGGAAUACAUUUGUGUACAAACCCUCGCAGUUCACUCCAGUGACAGCAGUAACCUUGGGGGAGGUCCUGGCUGAUGCUGGUGUGCCAGAUGGAGUGUAUAAUGUUGUUCAGGGAGAAGGGCAGACAGGAGCUUAUCUGUGUGAACAUCCAGAUGUUGCCAAGUUAUCAUUCACGGGAUCCGUCCCAACCGGCACAAAGGUAAUGACAGCAGGAGCACAAGAUAUCAAGUCCGUAACGCUCGAACUUGGAGGAAAAUCCCCGCUCAUUAUUUUCCCAGAUGCUGAUGUGAAGAAUGCCGUCAAAGCCACCCUCAUGGCAAACUUUUUGUCCCAGGGUCAGGUUUGCUCCAAUGGAACGCGAGUGUUUGUUCAUAAGAGUAUUGCUGCAGAGUACCUCAAACAGCUCGUAACUGCAACUGAAAAGCUGAAGAUUGGUGACCCCUUUGCUGAAGACACAACAGUGGGGGCAACUAUCCAUGAGGACCAUGCUAAAAAAGUGUUGAGUUACAUCGAUAGUGCCAGACAAGAGGGUGCGACUGUUUUGUGUGGAGGAGAAAGAGUGUUGCUGAAAGGAAAGUUGGCUGGAGGAUGGUACCUUUCACCGGCAGUCCUUACAGAUUGCCGAGAUGACAUGAAGGUAGUGCAAGAGGAGGUCUUCGGCUCUGUUGCAUCCGUGUUAGAGUUCGACACUGAAGAAGAAGCAAUAAGGAGGGCAAACGAUACAAAAUUUGGACUAGCUGGUGCUGUUUUCACAAAGGACAUCCAAAGAGGACACAGAGUGGCCAAUUCCAUUGAAGCAGGAACAGUCUGGAUUAAUACCUACAACUUGUACCCAACUGAGGUUCCCUUUGGUGGCUACAAGCACAGUGGAAUUGGCCGAGAAAAUGGGUUAACGGCUGUUGAUUACUUUACACAGACACGCACCAUCUAUGUGGAGAUGGGUGAUGUUGAUUGUGGAUUACUUUACCAGGAUUAGAAGGAUUAGUUUCAGAAGAUGGUAAUUGAUUGAAAGGCCACACAUAUUUUGUGCAAUUUUGUUUUGAAAUCUAUAUGAAAUAUUUUUAUACUUUUGUAGAGAUAUAUACAGUAUAGAUUAAGAUAUAACUUGUAUCCCAUACUUUUUCUUAUCGUUUAUUUUGAUUUAUAUUUAUGUAAGAAGAAGAAAGAUAGAAAUUUAGUGAUGAAUAAUGUGCCAUAUUUUAGUGUAAUUUACAAAAAUGAAAUGAGGAGGAAGCCAGGAAAUCACUGCUAAGGAUAGAAAUACACGAGAGACAGAGUUGGUGUUAAAUUUCUUGAUAUACAAAGGUAGAUAUAUAUGUAAAAAAUUUAAAACUUUAACUGAAAGUGUGUGUGUGUGUUAGUAAAUGGUACUGACAGUGGGGUUAAGGGUUGAGUUAGAUUGCAUGCAUAUUUGGUUAAGUUGUGUCCUAGUGAAUUGUGUCGGUGAAUUUCAGUCUUGUUUGUUGUGGGUUUUCUCAGUAUAUUUGACAUUCCCUUCCUUGUUAUUGUUUUUUUUUUAUUUGAGGUUUUGUUAACAUGAUUUUAAUAAAUAUUAAUUUGCA